AUGGUCGCUAAGUACGAAACGAGCAUCGCAGGCCUGUUCCACACAGCAUACAAGUCGUCCGCUGCGGACGCUCAGUUCCAGCCUUGGAAUCUCCGACAGUUGCUGAGCGAUACAUUCAACAUAUCUGGCCUCGAUGCCAGUUGCGUUGUCGACACCAAGGACCACGUUGGUCUCGGUCUGUUCCUCGGACGGUUUGCGAACACACAAAAUUUCCCUUUCAGCCAGGGUCCCACACUUCAUUCCAAGAAUGUUAAUGACAUUGAGGCAGGAACGUCGUACAAAGUGGUUCUCGCUAUGGUACCGGCUGCGAAGGUUCGGAUGACCAUAACAUCCUCACUGACCGAGUGUACCAAGUUGGUCCGGUUCUGGGCUGGCCAUCGGAUUGCCAGUGGAUGCAGCGGUGUCAGUAUUACGAGAUACGUUUGGCGUUCUACGAGUUGCAGUCGUUUCGGUAGCAGUGUGAAUGCAAGCAACAGUAGUCUCAUCCAUUUGGAGGGUCUGUUCGGUGUCGGCCGCACCCCACGUGCUCAGGGGUAA